AAAUGCAUCUAUUUUUUAGUUGAGGGGCUGAUUUGCAUCAUUUCAAGAGUACAGGGACUUAUUUGCCAUUUUCAUUUUGCCCUAGAUUAAACCACCACCUUCUCUUCUCUCCAGCAAACUCUCAAGUUUUUCAGCUCUUAGUCUUCCCUUAUUCUGUUUUCCAGUUCCAGCAAUGGCCGCCGCCACCUCCUUUAGAGCACAGCUUUCCAUUUCACCAUUGCCAUUGUCUGAAACCAAACCCAAGCUAUUUAAUCUGGGGUUUGUGUUAUCAUCAUCUUCAUAUUCAUCAACUCGAAAAUUACUGAUCCUUCGUGCCCCCACAAACAAUGCAUCAUCCAACGGCAGAUCAUCUCUCUGCGCUAAGAUGGUCUCUUCCCCUUCUAUCACCCCCAUUACAUCGCUGGAUUUCGAUACAUCCGUUUUCAAGAAGGAGAAGAUCAGUCUCGCGGGUCACGACGAGUAUAUUGUGAGAGGUGGGCGAGAUCUGUUUCAUCUAUUGCCUGAUGCAUUCAAGGGCAUUAAGCAAAUUGGAGUAAUCGGUUGGGGAUCUCAGGGGCCUGCUCAAGCACAGAACUUGAGGGAUUCUCUUGCAGAGGCAAAAUCUGACAUCGUAGUGAAGAUUGGGCUGAGGAAGGGCUCCCGUUCUUUUGCUGAAGCUCGUGCUGCAGGAUUCUCUGAGGAGAAUGGAACUCUUGGUGAUAUAUGGGAAACCAUUGCAGGCAGUGAUCUUGUGUUGUUGUUGAUUUCUGAUGCAGCACAGGCAGAUAACCAUGAAAAGGUCUUCUCCCACAUGAAGCCAAAUAGCAUCCUUGGACUUUCACAUGGAUUUCUUCUUGGUCAUUUACAAUCAAUGGGGUUUGAUUUUCCUAAAAACAUUAGUGUUAUUGCUGUGUGCCCCAAGGGGAUGGGGCCUUCAGUGAGGAGGCUCUACGUCCAGGGUAAAGAAAUAAAUGGUGCAGGAAUCAAUGCUAGUUUUGCUGUGCAUCAGGAUGUUGAUGGUAGGGCUACAGACGUUGCCUUGGGAUGGUCGGUUGCCUUAGGCUCUCCUUUUACAUUUGCCACCACGUUGGAGCAAGAGUACAAAAGUGAUAUUUUUGGGGAACGAGGUAUCUUACUUGGUGCUGUUCAUGGAGUUGUGGAGUGCUUGUUUAGAAGGUAUGUUGAGAAUGGUAUGAGUGAAGACUUGGCUUACAAGAACACUGUUGAAUGCAUCACUGGAAUUGUAUCAAAGACCAUCUCAACAAAGGGCAUGCUGGCUGUGUACAACUCAUUGUCAGAGGAUGGCAAAAAGCAAUUUGAGGCUGCAUACAGUGCUUCAUAUUAUCCUUGUAUGGACAUCCUAUAUGAGUGUUAUGAAGAUGUUGCUACUGGAAGUGAGAUUCGCAGUGUUGUUUUGGCUGGACGUCGAUUUCAAGAGAAGGAGGGAUUACCUGCCUUCCCAAUGGGUAAGAUUGAUCAAACACGGAUGUGGAAAGUUGGUGAGCGUGUUCGAGCAGUAAGACCCAAAGGUGAUUUAGGUCCAUUGCAUCCUUUCACUGCUGGGGUGUUUGUGGCAUUGAUGAUGGCUCAGAUUGAGUUGUUGAGGAAAAAAGGACACUCAUACUCAGAAAUCAUCAAUGAGAGUUUGAUUGAAGCUGUUGACUCUCUGAACCCCUUCAUGCAUGCUCGAGGAGUCUCAUUCAUGGUUGAUAAUUGUUCCACAACUGCACGAUUGGGAUCAAGAAAGUGGGCUCCUCGUUUUGAUUACAUCCUUACCCAACAGGCCUUGGUAGCAGUGGAUGCAGGCACUCCCAUCAACCAAGACCUAAUAAGCAACUUCCUUUCUGAUCCUGUUCAUGGAGCCAUUGAAGUCUGUGCUCAGUUGAGACCAACAGUUGACAUUUCAGUUCCUCCAGAUGCAGAUUUUGUUCGCCCCGAAUUGCGUCAAUCUAGUUAGUGUAAGAUCACAUGGCUUUAUUAGUAUUGCAUGGAUGUCUUAUUUUACUGGUUACCAACCACUAGGCUCCUCGUUUUGAUCUUCACUUUAUGCCUUAUCGAUAAUUUUGGAAUUACCAGGACAUUUCAGCUUUGAAUCUCAUGUUUAAUGAAUCUUGAAGGAUUUUGUGAUUGUUGUAAGGUAUUCAGACAUUAGUUGUUGUAGAAUGUUGCGUGGCAGGAAAAUUAGAAUGACAAUGACUAAAUGCACUAAUGUUGUGGAGCUGGGGAUGUGUUGUGGUCAUAAUCAAUGUGUGCCACUACGCUAACUUGCUUAUUUGCUCCUCCUGUUUGUCACCAUGCAAGGACAACGCUCUAAGAGAAAAAUAUAUAAUCUUCUUGUUU